AUGAAUAAAUCUCUUCUUCUCAAAUGGAAGUGGAGAAUUUUGAAGGAGGAUAAUGCAAUUUGGAGUAGAUUUCUACUUUUGAGAUAUCGAAAUCCAAAAUUUAAAGUGCUAGCAUCUAGUGGGGAAGUUCUAAACCGGGACGAUUCUAGUUGGUGGAAAGAUAUCAUUCUUAACGACUUCAAAAAGGAGGAUUCUGUUGAUGGCUUCAAUGAUUGGGUAAUAUGUGACUUCAAGCAAGGCAACACCAUUCUUUUUUGGCAUAGUAGUUGGUUGGGUGAUCAAACUCUUCGCGAAUCCUUUCCGCUUUUGUUCGAUCUUUCAACCAAUAAACUUUGCAAGGUUAGUGAGGCCAUUUCUUGGAAUAACGGUGUUUUCUCUUGGAAUUUAGGUGUUCCCAUGGGUAUUGAUGGAUUGGACUCUUUGGGACCGAAUUUGCUUCAUCAACCCACAAAUGGCACCUCCAUGGCCAUUUCUCUUCUCAUGAGGGAUCUAAAAGUGUUGUUGGAUAGAAUUACUCCGAAUACCGUGGACUAUGAUGAUUUCCAUUGGAAACUAACUUCUAACGGUGUGUUCUCGGUAGCAAGCGUGUCUUCUUUGGUGUCCAACUCUAAAGAUAUAGCUUGGCCAUCUAAUACAAUCAAAUUGUUGGAUGUCAUGUGGAAAGCAAAUAUACCGAAAAAGGUUAAAAUUUUCUCUUGGAGAUUCUUUAUCAAAAGACUUCCCCUAAAAGAUCUUUUGGCUUAUAGAGGUAUUAAUCUUACUUCUCUUGAUUGUCCUUUUUGCUCUUAUCACCCGGAAUCUUCGGAACACCUCUUCUUCCAAUGUCAAAUAACAAAAACGGUUUGGGAGAAAAUCUACCCUUGGUUGGGAAAUGACUUGGAGUUCUCUUUGGAAGAGUUCAAAAGCUUCGGUUGUAUCCAAGAAAAGGCGAAGAAAUCCAACAUUAGAGUAAACUAA